CUCCCUGGCCUCCUUUGCAAGAAGAGAACACAACACGCUCUGUGGUCAAAGGAAUAGAGGAUGGGCAAAGCGGAAGACGUGGUCCUCACCUCCCAGGUGCCCAGCGAGAGCAUCCCUUUACUGGGCCACGCCCUGCCCAGCCCCACCUACCUGAGCCAGGAGGAGGUGGUCCAGCAGGCGGGGUCUGCCCCCUGGCCGGGCGUCCGCAAGGCCCUGCUCUGCCUCCUGGGGGCGCUGUUUGCCUGCCUGCUCGCCCUGGCCGUCCUCCUCUUGGUCACGAUGCCACGGCCGCGACCACCCUUGGUCUGGUGGCAGAAAGCGUCCUUCUACCACCUGCCCCCGGCCUCCUUCCCGGAUUCUGACGGCGAUGGGCAAGGGGACCUGGAAGGUGUGAGACAUCAGCUGGACCGGCUCCUAGCCUUCUCCAUCCAGGCCUUGGUGCUGGGCCCAAUCCUCGAGAGCGACCUUGCCAAUCUGAGCAGGAUCCUACCUGCCCAUGGCUCUCAGGAACAGCUGGAAGCCCUGGUGGAUGUCGGAAAGAAGGAAGGACUCCGAAUUUUGCUUGAACUCCCAGUCUGGGAAGAGGAGCUGGACUCCCUUACAAAGCACAACUGGACACACCAGCACCUCAAGGGGGCGUUCCAGUUCUGGCAGGCUCUGGGGGUCCACGGAUUCCUGGUGGGCAAGGAUCCUGCCUGGCGUCUGGAGGCGGUGCUGGAUGCCUGGAGUGAGCUGGGUGCUCAGACCAAGCCAGAUCGGGGGCAGGAGAAGGUCCUGAUCGUCCGGGACGAGAGCGAAAGGUGCAAUAUUUCUUGCCGGGUGCCUGACAGCGUCAUCCUCAGCUGCCGUCUGCUGGGAGCCGAGAGGAACCUGACUGCCCAAGGACUGGCGCAACGGGUGGAACGGGCCUUGGGGCACCCGCGGAUGCCCUGGCCCGGCUGGAUGGUGCCAUGGGGAUCCCCACUGAAGGCUGGCUUGGGAGAGAUGUUGGGAGUUCUCCAGCUCACCCUUCCAGGAGUCCCGCUAUUGCAAGGUGGCGAAGGAUCCCCUGUUCCAAUGCAGAAUGCGUCCACGGAAGGAAGCUCUGACCGGGCUCUGCUGGAGAACCUGCACCGCUCUCUCCUGACUCUGCACGCCACCUCGUUCGCUCUACACGGCGUCGAUUACAUCCCUCUGCCCCUUGCCAGCCACUCGGAGGACGUCUUCGCCUUUCUCCGGCCCGGAUCCUGCUCCGCAAUCCUGGUGGUCUUGAACCUGGGGCCGCGGCCCCUCCAGCUCAGCCUGAGCCAGCUCAACUUCCUGGUUCCUGCCAAGGUUCUCUUCAGCACCCACCCUGAGCCCCAGCCCGAGAGCAACGUGGACCGAGUGAGGCUAACGCCACACCAAGCUGUCCUCCUCCAAGUGCCCAGAGGACGCGGGCAGUGAUUGGCUGCCACGGAAUCCGGUCCACACAGCUGGCAGCCAAUGGGACGCAGAAGGAACACUUAUUGGCCGCUCGGCCACCCUGCUAUCGACCAAUGGAAGAGAGGCUCCUAUCCCAUUGGAUAUUGUAACUGAUGCAUAUACAUACCGUAUUUUUUUGCUCUAUAAGACUCACUUUUUCCCUCCUAAAAAGUAAGGGGAAAUGUGUGUGCAUCUUAUGGAGCGAAUGCAGGCUGCGCAGCUAUCCCAGAAGCCAGAACAGCAAAAGGGAUUGCUGCUUUCACUGCGCAGAGAUCCCUCUUGCUGUUCUGGCUUCUGAGAUUCAGAAUAUUUUUUCCCUUGUUUUCCUCCUCCAAAAACUAGGUGCGUCUUGUGGUCUGGUGUGUCUUAUAGAGUGAAAAAUACGGUCCUUAUAAUGCAGAUUGGUGAGACUCACCUGUGAGACCACUUUAAUCAGCCAUGGCCUCCCCAAAAUUAUUCUGGGAAGUGUAGGGUGCUGAGAGGUGUUA